AUGUCGACGCUGGGCACGAGUUAUUAUGUUGACUCGCGUGUUCUUCCCGAGCAGGAAGAUAUGGCACCGAGGUACUCAUCAGCUGCAGGGGUGGAGCAGACGCUGCUCACCGAAUAUGGCGGACAGGAGUCUUGUCCUUUGCAGGGGAAAUCUUCUAUUUUCGGUGGAUCUUGGAGUCCCAUCCCGGCCCACCCUCCGAACACAGCCGCCCCGACCUACAUACAUCACCACUACACGAACGGCGACAGCGAUGGCAUGUUUACGCGCUCCUGGGCGAUGGACCCGGUCUCUGCGUCCCUGUGUUUGACGGGAUUACCGUCGGCGGCCAUGCACUAUGAUAUCAAACCCGAGCCUCUGAUUGGGAGCGCUGAAUGUACAACUUUGGAGACGCACACACCUCUUUUGUCUGACAUUGAAAACGGAGCGUCCCUAACGGAGAUUCCCUGCGAGACCACAUCCACGUCUAAGCCCUGUGACGACAGCCCGUCAGCAGAUGGGAAGAGGGAGCGAGAUGCAAAUAACCCGUCCUCCAACUGGCUUCACGCGAAGCCCACCAGAAAAAAGCGCUGUCCGUACACAAAGCACCAAAUCCUCGAACUGGAAAAGGAGUUUCUGUUUAACAUGUACCUCCCUCGGGACCGUAGGUACGAGAUAGCCAGACAGCUGAAUUUGACCGAGAGGCAAGUGAAAAUCUGGUUUCAGAACCGCAGGAUGAAGAUGAAGAAGGAAAAUAAGGACCGGCGGAGGGACAUUUAACCCGGUUCUGAACUGAUGGAGGAUAUAUAG